CUCCUCUCUCUCUCUGUUUCUUCUGUGGAGCUCUCCUCUCAUCAAUGGAUUCUCUCAUCAAUCCCAGCCAUGGCGGAGGAAACUACGAUUCUCACUCUUCUUCUCUUGAUAGUCUUAAACCAAGCGUACUAGUCAUCAUUCUCAUCCUUCUAAUGACUCUUCUCAUCUCCGUCUCCAUUUGUUUCCUCCUCCGUUGUCUCAAUCGCUGUAGCCACCGCUCCGUUCUCCCUCCGUCGUCAUCUUCCUCUUCCGCCGCAACCGUAACUUCCGAUUCCCGAAGAUUCUCUGGACAUCGUGUCUCUCCCGAAACAGAACAAUCCUCGGUGCUUGAUUCGCUUCCGAUUUUCAAAUUCUCCUCCGUCACUCGCCGAUCUAGUUCAACAAACUCCGGCGAUUGCGCCGUCUGUUUGUCGAAAUUCGAACCGGAGGAUCAGCUCCGUCUUCUUCCUCUCUGUUGUCACGCUUUUCACGCCGAUUGUAUCGAUAUUUGGCUAGUCUCGAACCAGACUUGUCCUCUCUGUCGUUCUCCUCUCUUCGCCUCAGAGUCCGAUCUAAUGAAGUCUCUCGUCGGCGGAAACAACAACAGUAACGGUGGAGAAAACAGCUUCCGUCUCGAAAUCGGAUCCAUUAGCCGUCGUCAACUACCGAUUCCAGAAUCCGUUGAGCAGCACCGAUCUUACUCAAUCGGUUCGUUCGAUUACAUAGUAGACGACGUAGAUUCAGAAAUCUCAGAGUCAAAUUUCAACCGUGGAAAACAGGAAGACGCGACUACAACAACAACAACCGUGGUUACGUCUAAUCCGGCGUCGUUUGAAGCUAGUUUAGCGGCGGAUAUAGGUAACGAUGGUUCUAGAAGCUGGCUCAAGGAUUACGUGGACAGACUCUCACGAGGUAUAUCGUCGCGUGCAAUGUCGUUUAGAAGCUCUGGUAGAUUUUUUACCGGGAGUAGUCGUCGGACUGAGGAAUUGACGGUGAUGGAUUUAGAAGCCAAUCAUGCCGGAGAAGAGAUAAGUUUGACAUUCCCGGUUGUUAUAUCUUAUAUGAGUUCUGCUCCAGAUUUAGGCAUGACUGCCUACAUUGGACAACUGGGUGAUGCUCUUCUGACAAAGAAAACUUUUCAACUAGCUUUACCACUUCUGUUAACGGUUCUUGUAUCUAUGAAAAUGGCAUCUGUGGCUGGAAUUAGUCUUGUGGUGAGCGAUCUCCCAUGGCAUUCGCAUCUUGUAUUAGCCAUAGAUUCAGCCUGCUUGGUAGUCUUGAUGCUACCUAUCAUUCCUUACGCUUUCCCGUCUACAAGACAACUAGACAAGGCUUUCUCCGAUACAUCUUCUAUUUUCCUUACUUCUUGACGCUUUUGGUUGUUAACGAAGACAACAAUAACAUGGACGGUUAAAGAGUGCUCUGUUCUGUUCAGUUUUGUAUCAUGUUUAAUUGUUAGUGUUCUUUUUAUGAGUGACAGUUUUUUUAACAGUUUUGUAUCUCACGACUUUGUAGUAGACUAGUAGUAUGUGAGGGCAUGUGCAGUGGGAGAACCUUUUAUUAGUCUCUCAAAUAUAUUAGUUUAAUAACU